UUGGAGUUAAUGGAGCCAGAAGGACACUUAGAGCCAGAGAGUUCAGAAAAAUCUGUCUUCUCACAGCCAGAAGAUGAAGAAUCCCAACAAUCAAAGGCAGCGAGCCUUGAGAACCCUCUCCUGCGGCCUCUUCUCACAGGGGACAUAGAAGGCUUGCGUAGGAUUUUCGAGGACCCUGAAGAUCCUCAUCAUGACCAUGCCAUGGAGCUACUCUUGGAAGAAGACAUCGUUGGGAGAAAUCUGUUGUAUGCAGCUUGCAUGGCUGGGCAAAAUGACGUCAUUAGAGCCUUGGCAAAGUAUGGUGUGAAUCUGAACGAGAAAACCACUGGAGGGUACACACUGCUACACUGUGCUGCAGCCUGGGGUCGUCUGGAAACUUUGAAAGCACUAGUGGAGCUGGAUGUUGACAUAGAAGCUUUAAACUACAACGACGAAAGAGCUCGGGAUGUUGCUGCUCGGUAUUCCCAGACUGAGUGUGUUGAGUUUCUGGACCUGGCAGAUGCAAGGCUGGCUCUGAAAAAAUACAUGACAAAGGUUACUUUAACAAUUACAGACCCAGAAAAGGGACCAGGGAAGCUUCUUAAGGAAGACAAGAACAUUGUCCUCGGUGCGUGUCGGGCAAAAAACGAGUGGCUGGAAACCCACCCGGACGCGUCCAUUGAUGAGCUUUUUGAGCAGAAACAACUAUUGGAAGAUAUCGUGACUCCCAUCCUUGUAAAAAUGACUAUGCCACGUCAAGUGAAAAGUGGCAAAUCUGUAACCUAAGCGUGGUCAGAAGAGAAGUCAAGCUCACGCUUUCUACGGAACGUACAUUUUAUUUCUAGUAUCAAAGAUAAACCUAUGGAUGCCACUUGGGUCAAGUAACUGGAUAUGGGGUUUUAUAAAAAUGCUCGGGUACAAACUCAGUCAUCCUUGCUUUAUUCCCCUGUGGGGCCUGCUGACUGCAGACUCUGGCCUCGCCCCUCUCCUGCAAGCUCAGCUCCACGGCUUUCAAAGGCUCCUUCCUUCAGGAACUCACUGGGUAGAAAUCAUUCACGAAGACAUAUGGAGGCUUUGAAAACCACUUAGAAAACUUAAUAAUUUUGUGUAUAACUGAAACAAGAAAUUUUUAUCAACUGGGGAAUUCCAUCUAAAAAAGAUAGUUAUUCCCAGAGGCGGGAAAUGUUCUCCCUCUCUCAGAAGGAAAUCUUAGCGUGGUAUGGUGGUGCAUGCCUGUAAUCCCAGUAGC